GUUUUCUAUUGUUGUAACCGUAGGGGGAGGUUGCAAUUCGGUUUUCGUUUCGGCGUCUUAGCUCGGGAAAGAGGCGUCCUCGUUAAUUUUAAUGUUUUAUCGUUUAUCCGCCGGAUUUCCGCGUCCGGCUUUCGUUCAUCCACAAUGACAGGACAUCCGUGAUAGGAGGUGGAAAGAUGGAAAUCGAGAACCGGGCGCCGCCCUCCACGGACGGCUUUGCCCUGAUCAAAGACCUGGCGGAGCACAUCUGUUUGGGUCUACCAAAAGAAGCAGAAAAGGCAAUUUUCAAGCAGGCGAUAAUGCAGUAUUCGGCAUACUGCGCUACUGAAAAAAGGCCUAUAAUCAACGAACUGUCAGAGGCGAUGACAUGCCAGAUGAUUGAAAAGCAACUUGAGGCACUUAAUAAGGCCAACAAGGAUAUCGUUCAGUUUCACAGCCUGUACAGAGUCCUUCGUCAGAAUGAAAACACGAUAAAUUUGAGAUACCGUUGCAACUUAAUGCAUUUGUUUCUGUGCCUAAGCGAAUUAAAUGAUUCGAACUUGAAAAAGAAAUUUUCAAAGUCACCAUUGACCCAAGAGCCGGGUGAAGACCUGAAGAGACUUAUUUCUAAAAAUUGCUCUUCCACAUAUUUUAAAGAUGUCAGUCGAAACGACAGACCUAUUCCAAGAUCGUCUUCUGUCGAGUUGAGCAAGAAAAGUAGCAUCGUCCGUCCGACAACGCUGCAAAGUCAUUCCUUCAAUCGAGAAAGCCAGAAUGAUCUGUAUUUGUCAGAACGAAUUGAUAAAAGCUCAAGUUCUUUCACGUUAUCAAGCACCAGAGAACCCAAGCAGACAUCGCUGUCUCUCAUGUCGGCAGCUCCUCCUCGUUAUUUGAAAGCACAUAGAUUGAGGAUUCCUGAGUGCAAAGUCGUUGAAGAUCUUCUUGCCUGCUUCCAAGGCAUUCCGAGCACAUUGUUCAAACUUGACCAUCAGCAAGGCUUUGUGAUAGAUUCAAAAGUCACUCUUCCCCAGGAAGGUCUAGUGUUGAAACUGAUGGAACUCGGCUAUCUGCACAACUUGAUUGUCACUCAGAACAAAUUGCUGUCUAAGAAGGGCGCAGUGGCUCAGGGCGUCCUCGCAACUGUUAAAAAGAUGCUCACAGACUAUUACAGGGUUAUUGGCAAUAUUCACUCCGAGCAUAUAAACUCUUCAAGACGUGUUGAUGACACACCAAUGUCUGAUAUCGACGACUCAGCCACCAUAACAAUCCGCCGUCUUGUAUAUCUAAUGCACGAACAUAUCAUGCGACUCAAAGUGCUAGCGGAUGUAACUAAAAUCGUGUCGACGGGGCGAGGUGGUGACAUGUUGAGCUCACUGAACGUACUGAGACAUCAUGGAAACCCGGCUAUUAGAGUUCCUAUAUCAGCCAUAACUGCCGGGGCUGGGAAGCCCGUCGUGAACAUGAUAAUCACUUGGAUGGUCGAAGGAGAGCUUUUCGAUCCUUACGAUGAGUUUUUCAUUGCUAAAAAUUCAAGUUGCCACGAAAAAGACAUUUGGAGGGAUAAAUUUAUACUGCGCACAUCAUUGAUUCCUUCCAUGAUUAAACCAUAUCAAGCUCAAAAUAUAUUGAAAUCAGGAAAAGCUAUCAACUUUUUAAAUGUUAUUUGUAAACAGCGAAUCCCGAUUCAAGGGCUUAGGGCUAAAUUAAAUAAAAUGAGAGAAUGCAAUAUAAUUGACUUUUCUGACAUCCGGAGUGAAUUGUACGAACUUAUUUUCCUUGUGGCCGAGGAGAACUCUAAUGAGGUGCUUGAAACUGUCAAGAACAAGUUCAAACUUUUCUUGCACUUCCAAGGUCUGCGACGAUAUAUACUGCUCGGCCAGGGAGACUUUGCCAGCUACUUCAUGGAACUAGUCGAGCCGGAAAUGAAACAGCCUGCUUCGGCCGUCCACUAUCACGAGCUCUCCGAGAAGCUCCAGACGGCGAUCAAGGCAACCACAGCCGCUCACGAAGAUCCGGAUAUAAUACAGAAUGUAUCGGUGAAGCUGCUUGUUGCAUCAGGCGGUGACUGGGGCUCGGACAUAUUUGGUCUACAGUACUUCAUGGAUGAACAUCUUUCAGCUGCAUUCCGGCUAAGUGAGGGCGCCUACAGUCACUUAUUUAACUUUUUAUGGAGGACAAAACGUAUGGAACAUAGACUACUGCUUCUAAGGAAGGAACGUUGGGCUACAAAAAACAGUCUUAAUUGGCUAAGUGAAAGGUUUAAAGACAUAAAUAUCGUUCUUAUGUUGACGGAUCGUCUAGCCCAAGAAUUUCUCCAUUUCGCAAGGCAGUUCCAUUACUACAUACUCUUUGAGGUUGUUGAAUGCCUGUGGCAGAAGUUCUGCCAGAACUACCAGAAGGCCAAAUCGUUCGAUGACGUAAUCAAAGCGCACGAUGAUUUCAUAGAAGAAAUGCAGCAAAAGACAUUCCAGACAAAAUCAAAAGCUUUUAUUAACGAACUCCGCCUCAUCUGGGACUUGGUCCUUGAGCUGGAAGUACUCGAAGACAGAUUCUUCAAGCGAGUCGCCAUCGAAUGUGACCUCUGGAAACAUCACGAGACCACUAUAGAAAAAAUCGGCACUAACUUCACCCAGGAAAUGGAGUUCAACACAAAAAAGAAGGAGUUCAAGUCGUUCCUCUCUUCCAUACGCGCACAAUAUAGCAUCAUCAAUCGGAACUACCAGGAGGUUUUAAGAAGAUUUCUCUUGGAGCUAUCAUCGCAAAAGGACCAUGAGCUGCGCCUGUUGAGUGAGCGGAUUGACUACAAUGAACACUAUAAGAACAUCGAUGCUCGGAUUUCUGAGUCUAUGAAGUACUCCCGGUGCAGCGACCUUUUCCUCUAAUGCCUCAUUUGAUAUUCACCCUUCUCCCAUUGUAAAUAACCUAAUGUGCCAAGUCAUUUACCAUUUGUCGAAUCUCCGAGCAAUUAGCCAUAUUCGUCAUCCGUCUUCGCACAUCUGUAUAUAAUAAUUCAAUUAAUUUUAUUUAGUUUGUAGAUUUCACUCUUCCAUUAAAAUGUUAUUUGUAAGAAUAAUUGUUAUUAAUUAUUAAUGUUCUGUUUUGUUAAAACGAUGUCUUUCACCUGUAGAGUUUUGAAUAUAAAUGUUUACUGCCAAUUAAUAAAACUGUCUUUUGUUUACUUGUAAA